AAGAAAACGGUCCACACGCUUAUUUCCCAGAACUGCGAGUAGGUUCGCACGAUAGCUCACAUUUGUGCUUCGUACACCAGCUCCUAGUCUUACAAUGGCGCAAACAAUUGUUGCGGAGGCCCUCACUCCUGAGGCACUGACUCAGCUAGCGCAAGUUCUUUCCCAGCUUGCCAGUGCUGACAAUGUUGUGCGUUCUGCGGCGGAAGAGCAACUCAACACUCAGCUUGGGAACCAGCCAGAUAUUCUUUUGUCCGCAUUAGCGCACAUGACACGUCAGCAUCCGGAUUUGCAUUUGCGAUCUUUCUCUGCCAUCCUGCUUCGCCGACUUGCGCUUAAGCAGGCUGCAAACGCCCCAAAGAAUCAGAAUGUCACCUAUUACGUUUGGAUCGGAGAGGGGCCGCGCACGUACAUUCAGACCGAAUUGCUGGAGUCUUUGAAGGGAGAGCAGCAAUCUGUUGUACGAAGAAAGGUGGCGGAUACAGUAGCUGAAUUGGCAAGGCAUAUGCUUGAGAAAGGAAGUACAUGGAUGGACCUUUUACACACAAUUUUUGACUGCGCAAGAUCGCCGGCCGCAGACCAUCGCGUCAGUGCCUUCCAGAUUGUAGCCCAAGUACCCCGGCUCAUCUCUGACACUGAUGUUGCAUCCAUGAAACGCUCAUUUGGUGCCGCCUUGCAAGACACAGCGGUCGAGGUUCGAUUGGAGGCGUUGAAUGCCUGUGUGCAGUAUAUGAUUGUGCUUGAAGGUGCCAAUCUAGCUGCGUUCAAUGACUUUGUGCCACGGAUGUUGGAUGUCUUGCCGGCUCUUGUUGACCAAGACGACGAGCUUGAGAAAGCACUUGGUUACAUUAUCGAAUUGGCGGACGUCCAUCCUAAAUCCAUGCGCGCUGUGGUGCCUCAUCUGGUUCAGUUUACUACACAAGUUAUGAAAAAUGAAGAAAUUGACAUUUCGCAGCGCCAAACGGCGUUGGAAUUGUUGAUGACAUUGGCCGAAUCUGCUCCCGCAAUGAUGCGGAAACAUGCCGGUUUCUGCCAGUCGCUGAUCCCGAUCUUACUUGAAUGGAUGGGAAAUUUGGAGGACGAAGAGAAGUGGUUCACGACGGACGAUAUUGAGGAUGAGGAUUGUGAGUCUGACGAUAUCAUUGCAGGAGAAGCAUUGGACCGUCUGGCACGAGCUCUUGGUGGGAAGGCUGUUUUGCCAGUCACUUUCUCAUAUAUACCGACGAUGUUAGCGGCCGAGGAUUGGCGUAAAAGGCAUGGGGCGCUGAUGACAAUAUCUGCCAUUGCUGAGGGAUGCGCCAAAAUCAUGGAAGCUGAGCUGGCUCGCAUCUUGGAUGUCAUUGUGCCCCAUUUCCGCGAUCCUCAUCCUCGUGUCCAAUGGGCUACAUGCAAUGCAAUCGGGCAAAUGAGCACUGACUUCGCUCCUGUUUUACAGAAUAGGUUUGCUGAUGUGAUUUUGCAGAACCUAGUUCCCGUCUUGGAUUACAGAGAUUUCCCAAGGGUUCAAGCGCACGCAGCAGCCGCUCUUGUCAAUUUCGCCCAAGAGGUGAAGAAGGAAGGCAUUGCUCCCUAUCUUCCUGCAAUAUUUGAAAAGCUUUUGGUUCUGUUGAACACGGGGAAGACUUACGUUCAAGAACAGGCCAUUACCACAAUCGCUACUGUAGCUGACAGUGCAGGGGACGACUUUGUCAAAUACUACUCCGCCAUAAUGCCUUUGCUCCUCAAUGUUCUUCGCCAGGCGACCCAGAAAGAGUUCAGGCUUUUGCGUGGAAAAGCAAUGGAGUGCGCUAGUUUAAUUGCCUUGGCUGUAGGCAAAGAGGUCUUUGCUCAAAAUGCGGCGGAACUCAUAGAAUUGUUACGACAGAGCCAGGAAUCAAUCACUGAUGCUGAUGAUCCGCAAAGCUCCUACCUUCUCUCAGCGUGGGCACGUAUCUGCAAGGUGCUCGAAGCGGAUUUUGUCCCGUAUCUUCCAUACGUACUGCCCCCCCUUUUGCGCAGUGCUCAGCUCAAGCCCGACUUUGCCCUGAUUGACGCCGAUGAGGAUGAGGAGACGUUGAAGGAAAAGUAUGAUGAAGACUGGGAGAUGCUCGUCAUUGACGGACAACGAAUCGGUAUACGGACCACGGUAUUGGAGGAAAAAUGCACGGCCGUGGAAAUGUUGAUCUGUUACGCGAGGGAACUGGGUGCUGGUUUUGCACCUUACGUGAAGGAGGUUAUGGCGAUUGUUGUUCCUCUGCUCAAGUUCUACUUCCAUGAAGGCGUGAGACAUGCUGCUGCGGCGACUAUCCCACUAUUGUUUGCCUCUAUUGUCAAAGCUCAAUGUCCACGUGAGGACUUUGAUAUUUAUGCCGCAUGGCAUGAAGUGUGCGCAAAGAUUAUCGAGACGUCGAAAGACGAAAUGGAUCCCACUUUUCUUGCACAACUGUACACAACAAUGCAAGAGUGUUUGGACGUUCUGGGUCCAAAUAGCACCCCAUCAAAUCUCCGGGAAGAUUUCGUAACUGCUACGGUUUCUCAACUUGACGAUUACUUCAACAGAAUAACUGAAAGAGAAGCCUCGCGAAGCGAUGUCGAUCAUGACGCCGAGGAUGAAGAAGUUCUUCAGAACGAGGAGGAAAAUGACGAUAUCUUCCUAGCGGAACUGUCCACCGCAUUGCAUCAAUUCUUGAAGCAGCAUCGUGAGAGCUUCAUUCCGCAAUUUGACCGGUUAGCUCCGUACGUCCACCGGUUCAUAACAAGUUCACAACCCCCUGCACGUCAAUGGGCCAUCUGCGUGUUCGAUGAUGUUAUUGAAUUUGGAGGUCCAGAAUCAGUUAGAUACCAAGCUCAGUUUUGGGAGCCGAUUGUGCAUGCCUUGGUUGAUCAGUCGGCUGAGGUUCGUCAGGCUGCUGCCUACGGGGUCGGCGUUGCUGGCCAAUUUGGAGGCCCGGCCUAUGUACAAGCAUGUGCCGCUGCACUUCCAAAUUUGUUUGCAAUGAUCAACGCCCCAGUUGCUCGAUCGGAAGAGAACAUUCUGGCCACGGAGAACGGCAUAUCGGCUAUUGGAAAGAUUUGCCAUUUCCUAGGACAGAGUGGAGCAUUUGACUUAAAUCAGAUAUUGUCUGCCUGGGUUGAUGCUCUUCCCAUCACCGAGGAUUCUGAUGAAGCACCACAUACAUAUGCAUACCUACUGGAACUGCUGCAACAGAAUCACCCGGCAGUUCUCGGCGCUGACAAUAGCAAGCUUCCAAAGAUAUCUCUCAUAUUGGCAGAAGCCCUUGCAUCACCUGAUCUGCUGUCUGAGCAGCCAGAUCUGGUAUCGCAGGUUGUUGGCAUAUUGCGACAACUUGUAGCGAACUGCGGCGAGGAUGUGCGGGGACAAUUAUGGAAUAGCCUUAGCCCGGAGAAGCGAAAGGUUUUGGUGGAGAAAGGUUAUGUAUGAACAUAUAUGAUUUUUUGUACCUAGUAGUAGAUCGAGUACUGGGGCUUAGAAGGGAAGAGUAGCUAGCCCGGGUGCGACCUCUUUGUUUUUGCGUUUGUUUUUUCAAUGCACAUUUUCUGAUAUCUGCA